AUGGAUAGUGAUGUGUUGAUAUCCUCAGUCUUCAGUAAGCAACCUGUGUGGGACAAAAGGGAUAAAAGGCAUUGUAAUAGAAACGGUACUGACAAAUGUUGGAAAGAAAUAAGCGAGGCAAUGAACGAAGACGAGUCUCCUACCUCAUAUUCGCAAGAAUCCUCAAGACGACUGCUGUCAUUUCGUAAUGACAUUCAAAAAACAGUAGAUGAUUAUGCAUAUCAGUCACGUUUUUCUUCACACUCAUCUCUCUAUAGGUACUCGCCGUAUACGCCAUCACCACCACCAUUUACACAUCAAUCACCAGAUACACACACCACUCGAUUGAUAUCAGCAACACUCCAGUCACCACCAUUUACACAUCAAUCACCAGAUACACACACCACUCAAUUGAUAUCAGCAACACUCCAGUCACCACCAAUCACAAAUCAAUCAUCAGAUACACACACCACUCAAUUGAUAUCUGCAACACUCCAGUCACCACCAAUCACACAUCAAUCUCCAGAUACACACACCACUCAAUUGAUAUCAGCAACACUCCAGUCACCACCAAUCACACAUCAAUCACCAGAUACACACACCACUCAAUUGAUAUCAGCAACACUCCAGUCACCACCAAUCACACAUCAAUCACCAGAUACACACACCACUCAAUUGAUACCAGCAACACUCCAGUCACCACCAAUCACAAAUCAAUCAUCAGAUCUAAACAAUUAUUUUCAUUCAUUCACUGAGAGCAUAUCAGAAUACCUUAGUGAGGAUCAUAAUUAA